GACCGACCGUCGUCGAUCUUUGCUGAUACGUUUUGAGUGAGGUUUUAUUUUUUCAUCCAAUAUUAACGGUCGUCCAAAAAAAUCCCAAACGUAAAGCGUAACAAACGCACGGAAUUCCCUUAGAAAAGUUUAACUCGUGUGUAAAAAUGACCAUGGAAGUGGAUAUGAACGAAUUUGUGGUGCCGAACAUGCAGGCCUGGUUCCGGCAAAAUAGUUUCAUUAGCACUCCGGACAACGGGCUGUUGUAUCAUUCGCGAUCCGACGUGAAUUAUGUCGCCCCACUGAUGAAGGACCAGAUGCCCCGGGUGAAAAUAAUCAGCGUAAAAUCCACAAUUAAAGCCUUGGCGUGCUCUCCGGAUUGGAGCGAACGGCGCGAGUUUGCCACAUUUGACGAACAGAACAAUCUCCAGGUGUGGGAUGUGGACCAAGAAACGGCAAUCAAAGGACACAAGGGACACACGUACAAGCUUCGCCGGGGAGAGAGUCGUGGUGGUCAAAGCAACGAUGUUACCUCGGCAAUUUGUUUCACCGAGACACAGAAGAUCAUAUCCUGUGAUUACUCGGUCAUGAUUGUCUACUGUCUUGUGACGGAUUCGUACAAAACUUACGGGGACCUUUUCAAGCCAACCCAAACAGUGGUGGUCCUCUCGCCAUGCCCGUCCGAUCGAAACGUGUUCGCCGCCGGAUUGAAGAACGGGCUGAUUGUUAUCUUUUCGCUCCAGAAUAUGGAGGUUUUGCGAAACAUGCGAGGGCACGACACGGAAAUUGUUUCGAUUGAUUGGAAACAGGUGCGGGUUAAGCCAGAACAAGCAAACGCCAGUUGGCGACGAGAAGAACGCCCUAAAAAGGAAGCUCGUAAAAAGGAUCGAAGAUCGACUGCAAAACCAGCAAAUACACCAACCGAUGCGAACACAUCUGAUAUAUUCGAUAUCUAUGAUUAUGACGACAGCAAGGAAGAGUUUGGUACUAUCAUUAAUCGGGAGACGUCAAAUUACGACCAACGGGAUCGAUUCCGGGAGAAAGUUCACAUGACACCUGGUUUCAAUUUUCUAGAGGAGUGUCAGAAUCUGAAAAAGGAUCUAGAUGAGGCCAGACAGAAAGAAAAGGAGAAUCCAAAUGACGAUGCAGCAGAAGAUGCGGAGAGGCCUGGUGAGAUAAACACCGACGACGAGAAUGAGCUAGACGAGGCAGAGAAAUUCCGAGAUUUUAUUAUCGUUGACGAAGACGGCAAGGAAGGUGUGGAGCACGAAAAGGACGACGAAGAGGAAGGAGAAACAAGGAUGAUUCUGGUAACCGGUAGUCGAGAAAAUGUUAUUUUCUUCUGGGAUCAUGACACCGGAUUAGCUGUCGACAAGAUAAUGCUAGCCAGCAAUCAACACUCCAACAAACGGCUGUUCCCAGGAAUAUUUAUAACAGUUGCAUGGGUGAAUCCGUCGAAGGUUGUGGCUAAUACCGUCUCCGGGCACGUGUUCGAAUGGAAUUUGUCGUUCUUUUAUCAGGGAUCACGAGUACGAAUGACCGCUACGCAAGGCAUCCGAUACCCAGUUGAUAUGGUUUUCUAUCUGAUACGUUCCCGUGGUUCUAUAGAAGAGAACAAUCCAAACACGGAUUACGUCUGGUGCCAAUCAAUCAAUCGUAAAAUCUUUGGGCUCCGGGCGGCCACCGACAGGCCACAAAUUGUCGUCGAUCUUAGUUGUCUGGCCACCGGAAAUACGUGCGUCACUGAGAAUCCGCUGGAAUCGACGAUUCUGGGUAUUGGAUGUGUCGAUCGAAAUCUAGUCACGAUUAAUCUGGCCAGCAUGGCGUACAACGAAGUCAACUGCGUUCGAUUCAUGAACAAAAUUUGCUCCAAAGUGACGGCUCUUGCGUGGCAUCCAGAACGGGAGAAUUUCAUUGCUUUCGGUACUGCCGAAGGUCGCAUUGGUUUGCUAGAUACCAAUAGCCCAAACAAUGUUCCCGUUCUGCUGAAUUCGUUCCUCUCGACCGACGUGUAUACUCUCAAGUGGUCUGAAAUGACGGACGAGUUUUCGCAGAAGAGCAUUGUGUUGUUCGCGACGGGAAAGUCCAAACUAGCAUACUACAAAAUGAUUGGAGCUCACAAGCACGAUCCCGUUGAGCUGCAACAGUUUGGAAUGGUUUCUUGCGUUUCGGCCUUCGGACAUUAUUUAUUCGUUGGUACACAGGACGGUUUUGUAUUUGUGAACGAUGUGAAUAACUGCCUAAAACAGUUGUACCACCGGAGCAUUUCACGUCGAUAUAUUUGCUCGAUGCAGUUUAAGGACAACGUGCUGUCUGUAGCUUCGAAUGAGAACCAUAUUCGAUUGAUCGAUUUCAGCAAAGGAAUGGAUGAUAAAGUGGAUGACAACAUAACGCUACUCGAGGGUCACACCGAGGGAGUGUGCUGCCUGCGAUGGGGUCACGGAGAGAGCAAAUUGCUCGUAUCCGGAAGCUUUGACAAUACGGUCCGCGUGUGGGAUACGGUGAACUGCAGUUGCAUCGCACUGUACCGCAACACUGAUUCGGUGUACUGCGCCAUCUUUUCACCGAUCCAGGAAAACAUUGUGAUUUUGACCGGAAAAGGGACAACGCUGGCAUUCUUUGACUACACCAAAUAUCCUGUCACGCAGAAUGCGUUGGCGAAAAAAACACGUCCUCCGGUUAGGUGGGCAACCGAAGAAGAUAGAAACGACAAGAAAGCAUCCAGGGAUAAACGACGAGCCGGCAAGCCUUUGGAACAGCUACAAAAGUCGAUCGGUGCGAUGAACAUCACGGAAAACGUUGUUGAUACCAAUACAGUGGCACCAGACGUCGUGCCAACGGCACCGGUAAAUGGGCAAUUGAAACAAGACUCGAGUUUAGAAGAAAAAUCUGACGCAAAACGAGUGACAGAAGUGGACGAGUUGGCAGAGCACCUGAAGGCAAUUAAAUUCAAGGAGAUCAAACCGGUUGAGUUGAAAUCCAAUGUGCCCACCACUUUCCAUCUGGCGAAUAGAGAGAUCAAUAAACCUACAGAUGUCCUGGCGUGUUUGAUGAAGUUGAUCAAUUACGAGGAACCGAAUGAGGAUGAUCUGGUUGAGGACGGCGUUGAGGGAGAAUCUCCAAAAAUAGCUGAAAGCGAAGAAAAGCGAUAUUUUAAUGAGAAACUGUUCAUGAGCGAGAAGGAUCUUAAGGAGCUUAUCGACGACGAAACUAAAAAUCAUGCUAUCGCAAAAACUUCAUCGAUCGGAGCGAUACUUUUGCCUCAGAUUGGCUUUCGAUUGAAGGAGGUUAUCAUUCAAAGGAUUGCAUCAAAAAGAUUAACGGAUCAGCUGGUAGCAUUAGCACCGUCAAUUUCUUACGAAUUUUGGCGUAAAUGUUGUGAAGCGUACGGCUAUCAACUUUUGGAAAAACAAUAUCCAUUAGCCUCGAUUCCCUAUUUUCUGGCUAGUCAUAAGAUUACCGAAGCGAUUGAUUACCUUUGCAAGCACAAGUAUUUCCGCGAAGCUUGGGCCAUUUGCAAACUGCGGAAGGCUCACGACGAUCCCAUUUACGAACACGUUGCUAGGGAAUGGGGCAAGUACCUGGAGAGCUCUGGCAAUUUCGAAGGAGCUGCCCUUGUCUGGACCGCCUCGAAAAACUAUAAAAAUGCCGUUACCGCGCUUUCCAAGCGAAAAGAAAUCACCGAAGAUAUUCAGAGUGCCAUCGAUGCGCUGAACGUGAAACUAACUUCGACAGAUAACUGAUCAACAUGUGACCUGCAUUUUUCCAAGAAAGGUGAAUUAGCCUAUCUUAUAUUUAUUUAUUGUUUUCUCCAUUAUCACAUAGGUUCGGCAGUUAAAAGUUGAACGAAAUUUGAGUAAAAAAAAUGAAAUCUCAAA